CAGCCCUUUACCACUUCCUGUAACACUUAAAAAAAAAGAAAAAAGAUUGAGCAAUCAUCGAGACAGAAGAGUUCGAGUCAUCUCAGAUCUUCGCUCGAACUGAAACCAGUCAGACGUCUUUGACAAAACCAGUUUGAGAAUGGAGCUCCUGAUGUGGGUCUUUGGUCUUCUCGCCUUUGCCUCCAUGCUGACUCCAGCAGAGGCUAUGAUGGUAUAUGACCCUCAGAUGUGCUUCAUCCUGGACGGGGUCCUGGGUCUGUAUGGCCUCAUCGUCACCGGCAUGUUCAUCAAGGAGCGGUUUUUCACAACCAAACUGAAGGGGGCGGAGGAGAGCACCUACGCUGAUCUGAAAGGACAGGACACUGAAGGUUACACACGGCUGAUGACCAGAGACGUUGAAAGAGGACGGAAUCGCAGAGCGCCUGAUGACAACAGCACCUACACGGAUUUGAAGAAACACACAGAAGGGGAAUACAAGGAGCUUCCUGUCAGAGGACAGCGUCACCGAAAAAAUGAGCAGCUUUAUCAGGGUCUGAACACGACCACCAGGGACACCUACGACUCCCUGCAGAUGCAGCAGCUUCCUGCUCGCUAACAUCGCACAGCUCGCUGUUGACAUUUUGACCCUGAACCCAACCCGAACCCUUUAUCCGUCACCUCCUCCUUUCUGUCAUCUGUUUUUGGCAAACCGCGUUAUUGCCAGCUGGUCCAAGUCCACCACAAAGUGUUAAGGCGGCGGUAGCGUGCUUCAUCCUAGCGACUUUGUCCACACCCCGUAGAACCGGACCAGAACAUUCUCCAUAUUUUUAAUGGUGGCCAAAAGUUGGACUUUUGUUUUUCACAGUUGUGAUCCAUUUUUCGUUGAUGUUGCUUCAUGUCAGCUCAGCACACCGCUGUGUUUAGACUCACUGCUGGAACCCAUUUUUAAAGGUUUGAGGGCAAAAUAUUUCAUUACAUUGUCCAAUUAAAUUUUAAUGUUCUUUUCAAACAUAAAUUGCAGAUUCGUUCUUCUCGUCCCUCAUAUUCAUGUCAAACCGUUGGAUUUUUGUUGAAGUAAAGGGAGGAUGUUUGGCUGGACAGAAGCAGCUCAAAGGUGGAUAUAAGAUUUGUGAUGAUGUUUGAAUUUAUGGUCACACUUGUGCAUGUGAGAGGAUGACAUCACUCGUGAGUGAGUGGUUUUAAUGAAUGCUUAAAGCUGUACAGCCUUUGUUUGUUUUUUUUUAAAAGAUUUAAGUCAUAAAAUAAUUUUAUUUGGCGCUACUAUAAUUGCAUUACUUCGCAUUUAAAUAAAGGAUUAUAAUACGAUUCUGCCAAUAUGAUCAAAAUUAGUGCUGUCUGGAAACAAUUUAUGAAUUUCUUCCCCUGAUGGGUCAAAAUUCAAGUGAUCAGACACCAUGAUAUACUUUUGGUAGCAGCAUCAUGCAUCUUGUGGGAGCUUCCCCCGAUCUGCAUAAGCAUGCUGGGAAGUACAUGGUGAUAGCCAAUCGUAGUAAAGAAGGGCAAUGUGAUGUCAGCUGGCUGCUCACUCAAACAAGAUAAAGCAAGAUGGGGGAAAAUACUCUAAAACAGCUUAUCUCUGUAUAAAUCAAAUAGUUUUGCAUAUAUUUUGUAAACAUUAAUGCGAAAUAAACACUUCUAAAUCUAAAAAUGCUAUUUUUGAAACCAGACAACACCUCUGCAGAGAUGUACAAAAACAACUUAUGGAUAUUAGCAUGCACACCCCAGGAAAAUGCAUCAAGAAAGUGGGUCAGGUCACAGGUCAUCUCAAAACCUUACGUAUAUGCACACGUGCAUGUAAAGACAUUGGAAUUCCCCCAGGUAAAUCUGUUCUUUUCAUUAAAAUGAGCUGUAAAUUUGCAACAUGUUACAAAAAUAAAGUGACAUAAUAAUGUUUGGAUUUCAGUACAAAUUAAAUUUUCAAUCAAUCAAUGUUGAUUCAUAGAGCCCUUUACAACACUCAAGCUGACCAAAGUGCUUUACAGUAAAAUAAAAACAAUAUAGAAUAAAAAAUUAAAAAACACAUUAAAACAAGACAAGAAAACACAAUAGAAGGUAAAACUGUCAGCGUGCUACUCAGUGUUAAAAGCCAGCCUGAAUAAAAAAGUUUUGAGCCUCGACUUAAAAAGACCAACAUCAGUUAUAGAACGCAUAUCAGAGGGCAGUUUAUUCCAGAGUCUGGAAAAAUUUUGUCAGUUUCGUUCACUUUGAAAGGCCGUACAGCUUUAAACAUAUAUUUUAAUGUUUUGUUUUUUCCACUGUCUAUUACUUUGUUUGACUGUAAUGAACCCACUUUGACUUUGACUUUAUUUUUUUUUAACGUGUAUUACUUUCAUUUUCAUGAAGCAGAGAAGCUCUUGUUGAUGGUCUUCCAGUGUGACUUUUGUCAUUAACAUGGACAGAAAUAUCACAUUAUAUGUAUAUUAUUUUGAAAUUUUCCUGAGAAUUUUCCUGCACUGAUGAUGCAUAUUAUAUUGUUUUGACAUGUUGGUUGUCAGUAUUUAGCUUGAUCAUUUAAAAAUUCCUGUAUAUGUUCUGUAAAAGUUAAGCUGAUUUUAUGGUGCAUUUUUAUUGUUUAUUAAACCAUCUAUAUUA